AUAGCAGGGAUAGGAAGAGGAAACUGCUGUAAAUGCAUCCUCAUCCCUACACACAAAAAGUUUUCUCACUUCUCAUUUAACACACCCUCAGCUUGUGGCUAGAACUUGCAGGGAGAGAAGUGAAGACCUUUCUGGAGGAGGUUAUUCCACCUGUAUUUUAUUUCUUGAGCCUGUCUGAGGUCACUAAGAGGGUGGCAGUUUUUGGUACUCUGGUGGCGCUAGCUGUUUUUGCUUUUUUGUUUGUUUCUGACUUUUUUUUAAUUUUUAUACUUUUGUAUUUCCUGGGAAUUAAAGUGUCUGGGAAGGUAUAUUUUCCUGCGGUGAGAAUACAAUCUCUACGGAGGGGAAAGCUGGAAAUGAAGAGAGUUCUCUGUGUGUUAUUCUGCAUAUGGCUAGCGACUGUUGAAAGGACAGAUCUGGUGCAGGGAUAUUCUAUGAUCCCACCUACCCUUAACAUCACAGAAGACGAGCUUGUCAUCGACUCUAAUGACACAUUAAUCAUCAGCUGCAGGGGGCAGUCCCCUUUGCAGUGGUCGUGGCCAGGGGGCUUUCAAGAAACAUACACGAAAGAAAAGGACAACAAGGUGACUGUGAGUAGUGGCAGCAGUCGUAGUGUGACAGAGGAAGAUUGUGAAGGUGUCCUCGACAAACCUUACUGCAAAGUGUUCAAACUGGUCGGAACACGGGCAAAUGACACAGGCUCUUAUAGCUGUCACUACAUCUUUUUCAAGGCCAAGAUCAAGGGUAUGACAGCCGACAGCAUCCAUGUAUUUGUAAGAGAUUGGGAACAACCCUUCUUCAGCCCCCCAGGCACACUACUAAUUAACAAGGAAACCACCAUAGUUCCAUGUCUUGUAUCAAUUCCAGACCUUAAUGUAACUCUGUAUAUGCAGGCAAACUCCGUCAUUGUUCCAGAUGGGAAGAGUGUGAUAUGGGAUGACAAGGAGGGGAUGCUGGUUCCUUCAGAUAAAAUAAGGGAUGUCCUUUUUCUGCAGUGUAGGACCAUCAUUGAUAGUAGGGAGUUUUUCUCCAGUUACUUCUUUGUACAUUUCACAGGCAUCAGGUUCUAUAAUAUGGAACUGACUCCUAAAAACAAUGUGGAGUUACUGGUGGGAGAUCAGUUAGUACUGAACUGCACUGUGACAGCUGAAUUUAAUACCCCAGUUAACUUUGAAUGGGUUUAUCCUGGUAAAACGAGUCAUCGCUAUGUUAUCAAGUAUUCUGAUCGCCGACCACAGCAAGAACACACAGAGGUCUAUAGUACCAUUACUCUGCCGAAUGUAAACAAGGAUGACCUGGGGACGUACGUUUGCCAAGCUACAAGCGAGACGUGGCAGUAUGAGCAGAGCUGUGAGGUCAUUGUUCAUGAAAAACCUUUCAUCACUGUGGAGAAUAAGGAAACAAAGGUGAUUGAAGCCACAGCUGGUACCAAGAUAGCACAACUUUCGGUUAAAGUUUCAGCUUACCCCCUGCCUUCAUUCCAGUGGCUCAAAGAUGGAAAGCUUGUACCAUUUAGCAACAAUUACGGCAAGUACCGUCAAUCUCAACAUGCCCUGCAGAUCAGGGAUGUGGUGGAACAAGAUGCUGGAACGUACACCCUGGUGCUGAAAAAUGAGCAGGCUGGCUUAGAAGAGCAAAUCAGCUUACAAUUGGUGGUGAAUGUCCCACCGCAAAUUCAUGAAAAGGAGGCUUCAUCACCAAGUAUUUAUGCUCAAGGCAGUCGCCAAGCCCUCACCUGCACUGUAUUCGGGGUUCCAGCUCCAGCAUCCAUUCAAUGGCAGUGGAGGCCAUGGACUCCAUGCAAGAUGUAUUCCCGCCGCAGUGUAGCAAAGCAAAGAUCAUCUCGUAGACACCAGCGUGAUCGAAUGCCUGAGUGUAAAGAUUGGAAAGAUGUGACCCAAGAGGGAGCGGUGAACAGUAUUGAAAGUAUUGAGACUUGGAGCGAGUUUGUGGAGGGACGGAAUAAGACUGUUAGCAAGCUUAUUAUACAACAAGCCAAUAUGUCUAUCAUGUACAAGUGUUCUGCUAUCAACAAAGCCGGGACUGAUGAGAGACUUAUAUACUUCUACGUGACAACUAUACCAGAUGGCUUCCGCAUAGAGCCACAGCCUUCUGAAGAGCCAAUCGAAGGACAGAAUGUCAGUCUGAGUUGCCACGCGGACAAUUACACCUAUGAGAAUCUCCAGUGGUACCGCCUGAACCCUCUGACUCUGGAUGGUGCAGAGGGAAAUCCUCUUGUUUUAGACUGUAAAAAUGUGCAUCAGUAUGCAGAACUGAUAGAAGGAGAACUUAAGCACCAGUCAGGGUCUAAUAGUGCUGCUCUGGUGAUCAAUAUCCCCAACAUCUCUCUGGAGGAAGAAGGGGACUACGUCUGUGAAGUACAGAAUCGCAAGACUCGAGAGAAGCACUGUCAUAAGAAGUAUAUCUCCGUACUGGCACAGGAAGCUCCACAUCUGCAGCAGGACCUGACUGAUAAGAUGGUGAAUGUCAGCGACUCGAUGGUAAUGCACUGCAAAGCAGACGGUACUCCACAUCCAAACAUCCUUUGGUUUAAGGACAACAAAUUAGUUGAGGAAGUCUCAGGUAUUGUCCUUGGAGAAAUGAACCAGACUCUGAGCAUUCAGCGAGUCAGAGAAGAGGAUGCUGGGAUAUAUCUUUGUAGAGCUUGUAAUGGAAAGGGUUGUGUGAACUCGACGGCCAGCGUGUCUGUGGAAGGAUCAGAUGACAGAACGAAUGUGGAGAUUGUCAUUCUUAUUGGCACCGGUGUCAUUGCGGUAUUUUUUUGGAUUCUCCUGAUCCUUAUCUUCUGCAACAUCAAGAGGCCUAAUCAUAGUGAUAUAAAAACGGGAUAUCUUUCAAUCAUCAUGGACCCAGGGGAGGUGCCUCUAGAAGAACAGUGUGACUAUCUUCCAUAUGACUCCACCAAGUGGGAGUUCCCAAGAGACAGACUGCGGCUAGGGAAAGUGCUUGGCCAUGGAGCUUUCGGAAAAGUGGUUGAAGCGUCAGCUUUUGGCAUUAGUAAGACCAAUAGCUGUGAGACAGUAGCAGUGAAAAUGUUGAAAGAGGGAGCCACAGCCAGCGAACACAAAGCUCUAAUGUCAGAGCUUAAAAUUCUCAUUCAUAUAGGGAACCACCUCAAUGUGGUAAAUCUGCUGGGGGCCUGCACUAAGUCCAAUGGACCGCUUAUGGUUAUUGUGGAAUUCUGUAAAUAUGGAAACCUUUCAAAUUAUCUGAGAACCAAGCGAGAUGGAUUUAUUCCUUAUCGGGAAAGAUCCCCUCGAGCGCGGAGUCAGGUUCGAUCCCUGGUGGAAGCGGUAAUAGCUGACAGGAGGAGUCGAGAAGGAUUGGAUGAAGGAGUCGUGUUCAAUAGGCUACUAAUAACCAAGAACCAGAGAGCACCAGAACUGAAAGAUUUAUGGCAGAGUCCUUUGACUAUGGAGGAUCUCAUCUGUUACAGCUUCCAGGUGGCUCGUGGAAUGGAAUUCUUGUCUUCCAGGAAGUGCAUCCACAGAGAUUUGGCUGCAAGAAACAUCCUUCUGUCUGAGAACAAUGUUGUGAAGAUCUGUGAUUUUGGCCUGGCAAGAGACAUUUACAAAGACCCCGAUUACGUCAGGAAAGGCAGUGCACGUCUACCGUUAAAAUGGAUGGCGCCAGAAAGCAUUUUUGACAAGGUCUAUACAACCCAGAGCGAUGUUUGGUCUUUCGGAGUAUUGUUUUGGGAGAUUUUUUCACUUGGAGCUUCACCUUACCCUGGCGUUCAGAUUAAUGAGGAGUUUUGCCAGCGACUGAAAGACGGAACGCGCAUGAGAGCACCAGAGUAUGCAACAACAGAAAUUUAUCGCAUCAUGCUGAGCUGCUGGCAUGGGGAUCCAAAGGAGAGGCCUACCUUUACUGACUUGGUGGAGAUCUUAGGAGACCUUCUACAGGAAAAUGUGCAACAGGAAGGAAAGGAUUACAUCCCUCUUAAUGACUCUCAAAGUUUAGAGGAGAUAGACUUCAGUCAAGGGCCCAUUUGCCUGCAGCACAACUCUGAUGAGGAGGAAUGUGACAUGAGACUGCACUGCCACAAUAUGGCCGUAAGAUACUAUAACUGUGUAUCAUUUCCUGGCUGCUUCACCGGAGGCAAUCAGAUUCGCUGCCCAUCAAGGCUGAAAACCUUUGAAGAGUUUAACAUGGCACAUGUGCCAUAUACAAAUCACCUGGACAAUCAGACAGACAGUGGAAUGGUACUGGCAUCAGAGGAACUGGAAAGGAUAGAGAACAGACACAGAACAGAAGACAGUUUCAGCAAUAGGGAUUCCCGCAGAAAUAAGGAUUUGAUGCCAGGAUGCUCCUCCACUCACCACAGAGGUCACCCAUCAUAUCCUUCCUGUACUGGAGGCCAGACGUUUUACAACAGUGAAUAUGGAGAGCUAUCGGAACACUCAGAGAGUGAUAGCUACACACCUCCCGGAGGAUCAAUCAUUCCAGGUCUUAACCAGGAUUCCUUCUUCUCUGAUGAAAACUGAAGACUAUGCAGCUGAAGGAAGGCCCUCCACUUCCAUGGCAAUUUAUACUUGCCCACUUUAACCUCUUUUGAAAUGAAAUACUGCACAAUAUAUACCAAAGGAAUGGAGAUAAGACUUCAAACCCACAGACUGGCUAAAAAAGAGAGGUCUUCUGGACUUCUCUGCUUAUAUGCCAAAGAGCUCAUACCGAAGUAAAAAGGGAAAAUGGACAACAUUUAAUUACAGUGGUUAAAACCAAAAUAAUAAACAAUUGUGUCUACAUGCCACUGCCAACACAGUAAGGGCCAAGAAAAGUGAUGCUGAUGGGGAACCAAAUCUUCAAUGUAUGUGGAAAUUGUUAGGUUAUGUAUCAAUAUAAAUGCAUUUUCAUAUUUUAAUGACUUGUUCUAUUGAAACAAAUACUCUCUGCCCAACCACAACAAGAUAAUAUUCUUCUAAUCCAAUUCCAAUCCAAUUUCUUAGAAGAAAUUAAGAUUUUAAUGACACCUUUGGGUCUGAAGAGUUCAUAUGUUCGAGUUCUUUGUAAAAGUCUGAUCCUUGCUGAGGUAUAAAAUAAUUCCCUACAGCUACAGAUUGAGAAAAGGUGAAAGAAGAGAAAGUAGCUUAUCCAAUGAUUAGCCAGUCUGUGCUCUGUCAAACAAUCCAAUGUAUAUGGCUUAAGAAGGUUUGAUUUAAUCAUCUAUUUUAGACAAACACAUAGCAUACCAUAGAACUCCAUCAUAACCUGUAUCGUCAGUGCUACCUUGAUAUUCACAAUGCCCUACUGUGUCUAAAUGAAUUAUAAUACAAUUAUUUAAAUGCAAAUGCUAUGUCAUGGGUCUUAUUGGCAGCUCUAAGAGACUAGAUUGAAGACUGAUUAGUAUGAGGUAGGAAAAAAAGAAAUAAUUUUCAUUAUUAGAAAAGAUUCGCAGUGAAGUAACACUUAACUGACUACUGUAUAUAUAAUGUUGUUAAGAAAAGGUGAAAUAAGGAUUGUUGAUAUUCAC